AUGAAAAGCAUUGCGCGUUCGUAUUUCUGGUGGCCUAGUAUAGAUAAAGAAAUUGAAGAUAUGGUCCGAAACUGCAAUGAAUGCAUAAAUGCGAGACCUAAUCCUCCUAAGUCAGUACUAACUCCGUGGAAAUGGCCACAAAGACAAUGGACGAGAGUGCAUUGCGAUUUCUUAGGUCCGUACAAAAACAAAACAUUCUUAAUUAUUGUCGAUGCAACCACAAAGUGGCUAGAAGUUUUUCAAGUAAAUUCGAUGACAGCACAAACGGUCAUAACAAAACUGUCUGAGUUAAUUGCACGUUUUGGCAUUCCCAGAACAAUAAUAACUGACAAUGCAAAAUGUUUUAAUGGCGAUGAAUUCCAGUCAUAUUGCAAGACACUAGGUAUCAGGCACUUGACAGGGGCACCUUUCCACCCAGCCUCAAAUGGAUUUGUCGAAUCUGGAGUAAAAAUAGUUAAGCAAUUUUUUAAUAAAUGUUCAACAUCAUUACACCAUUUGAAUAAAUUUUUAUUGAUGUAUAGAAAUACUGUAUACUCAACCACAAAUGAAACGCCAGCAAAACGUAUGUUUGGCCGCUCAACACGUACUAUUUUUGAAUAA